AGUUGUAAUUGUGUGUGUGUUCAACUCAGAAAUGUUUUUGGUUUGUUCUUAUUAUUAACAAAAACGAAGUGACCCAGAAAUAUGAGUGAAUCAGCUGCAGCGGAAAAUGAAGAGCUGGCGGACGACUCGAUGGAGAAACUGGCGUUCGACGAUGAAGACGAACAUAUGGUGUCCGGCGAAGAUCUGUUGGGUGGCAAGAGUUUGAUGAUGUCGGACGACAGCGAAAAUGAAGAAGUAUCCACAGAAAAACUCCGAAAGAUCUCACCCAAGGCCCGGCGCCAAAGGGUAAUGGACAGUGACUUGGAGGAGGAUGCAGUGGAGAAACACACUUCCCCUAAAAGCAAAGAACAAAAGCUGCUGGUCAGCGAUGAAGAGGAUGAGCAGAUGGUCUCCAGGCCUAAGAAGAAGGCUUCCGCCAUUAUUUAUUCGGACAAUGACGAAGAGCCGGAUGUGGACGACAAGAAGGAGCCAGAGAAACCUUCAAAGAAAAACCAAAACAAGAAGGUGCUAAGCGACCAGGAGGAUCAAGAUUUCAAAAGCAUAGCUAAAACUGAAACGAAAAAGAAGGUGCCUAAGAAAAAGAAACAACUCCAAGAGGACAAUUUGGAUGAAGACCAGGAGAAUCCUUCUAAGAAGGAAAAGGCAAAGAAGGCAGUAAGGAGUAAGAAGCAGGCAGCAAAACAAGCAGAAUCCCAAGAAGAAAAGGAGAAGGAAAUGGACAAGGAUAAGGAUGAGGAGCAGAAAAAACCUUCUAAGACACAAAAGCCUAAAAAGCCAUCAAAGCCAAAGGCAGAGAAAGUAAACAAAAAGAAAAGUGAAUUCCAACAAGAUAAUGGUGAAGACAUUCAAAAAGACAUGGGUGAGGACUCCAAAAUGGACCAAGAUGAGAAUCUCGAUCAAGAGAAGUCAAUCAAAAAGCAAAAGCCUAAAACGUUGACCAAGAAAAAGAAUCAAAAAGUGGUAAGUGAUGAGGAGUCAAAUGCGGAUAGCAAUGAACAGCAGGAGAAACCAACAAAAAAGAUAAAGAAAAAAGUUGUGAAUAAGCCCGAUAAUGAGGAGGAUAAGGAGCAGAGUGUCAAGCCAAAGAAGGUGGCUAAGAAACAUAAACUAAAAAUAGAGAGCGAUGAAGAGCCAGAGGAGAACAAAAAUGAGGAAAUUCAAGAUCUUGAUGCCAAAGGAGUUGACAGUGAGAAUGAGCCACAGAUGGGCAGCGAAGGAGAAGAUCAGGAAAUACAGAAUCGUUCGAAAAAAGACAAGAAAAAGAAACAACGAAUGGACAGUGACAGCGAAGAUGAGAUCCAGAAAAGUCAAAGCGAAGAGGAAACUCCUUUACAUAAAAAUCCCCUUAAAGGUUUGGUUGACUCUGAAUCCGAAUUGGAUGAACCCGCUAUCGAAACCAGUCCAGCCAAGAACAAGCUUAAAGGCUUGGUGGACUCAGAAUCCGAAGCAGAGUUAAGCAAUCGAGAGGAAUCUGCAGAAGAUCAGGAAGCAACCACUGCACCAGAUGAAGGAAAGUCUAAGAAGCCUAAAGUUGUUAGAGAAUCAGCCAAGAAAGCACUGGAAGGAAUGCAGGCAAUCCAAAGUGAGCAACAGCGUUUGCACCGAGAGGCCCAUAUCAACGUGCCCUACCAUCAGCCAAAGCCCAGGACACUAAAGGAGUUCCUCAGCCGGCGAACUAUCAACGCUCCCCUAGCCACAGCUAUGGCUGGAGGAAGUCCCAUGCCAAGUAGGCAACCAAGAAAGUCAGUGGGACUUCGAAUGACCCGUGAGGAACUGGAGGCAUAUGCAAAACUAAUGGAGGAGCGCGCCAAAGAAGCCACCGAGUUCUUUAAAUCCGAAUCCGAACCAGAGGAGGAGAAUGAUUCAGAAGAUGAAGCGCCUAUGGAGUUCAAAGAUAAUCCAGGUGUCUUGGAUGAGGUGGAUAAUCCUAAAACCCCAGAGCAACCUAAGAAUCACACAGAUGAACUGACUACCGAAGCAUUGGUGGAAGAAACUGCCACAGAGGAAGCCAUGUUGGAAGAACCCAUCAUGGAAAUAGAACCUAUUGCAUCCACCUCUGCUGCCGCGGCUUUGAAAUUCAAAGAUACCUUUGAAUUUCAACCAGAGAUUGAGGCAACAUCUCCCAGCAAAAUCCGGCUGGUUACGGAAGUCGUGGAACUGCCUAAGCUGGACUUGAGCACCAUUAGCAUUACACCGCCUUCUAAACCAGCCACUCCGAAAAUCACCGAAGCCAUUCGUCGACUGAAGGACGAGAAGAGUUUGGAUGUGAGUCCUUCGAUUAAGGGUGACGCCAACAUGGUUAUAGAUUUGGAAACGGGCGAUAUGUUCUCUAAGAAACCUACUGGAGUGGACGAUUUGCUGAAACGUCUGAUGAAAACGCGGGAAGCAAAAAAACACAAGACCACAGAAACUGUCAACAUUCUAACCACUGAGCAUGGAAAGCUGGAGAUGUCUAAGGUAAGCAUUCAUCUGCACGAAGAGGAGAUUGCAAAGGAACCCAAGCCAGGAGCGGGUUUCAUGAAGAUGCAGGAGCACCUCAAAUCUCUAAUCACUAAGAAAAGGAUGGAGGACCUGCAGAAGAAAAAAGCUGAAGAGCAAGAGCGAAUGGCAGAAGACGAAGAGGAAGGCAUGGAUGUGGAUGAGGAGUACGAACCGGAAGAUAAACCUGGUUAUGCAGAGAUAACCAUAAAUGAGGAUGAGGAAAUCAUAGAAAAAAGCGAGGACAUUGCCGAAGAAGAUGAAGUGACAGAAGGAAUAAAAAGUGAUGCAGAUGAGGAUCCUGACGAUAAUACAGUUGAUCUUGAUGAAGAGGAAAAUGGCAGUGAGAAUGAUCAGGAAAGUGAACCAGAGUCAGAACCUGAAACGCAAACAGGCAGGAAAAAGAACCGGAUCAUUAAAGCCUUCGAAGACAACUCCGAUGAAGACGAUCUCGAUCUGUUGCAAACCCCCAAGCCGAGUGGUGUUGCUCCCAUAACAGCUACUCAAUUGCAACUAUCUGCCCACAAACUUUUUGAUGCGGAGACCCGGCGCACGGCCAGCGAUGAGGAGAACGAGCUUCUCGACCUUUGCUCUGGUCAAUUUCCACAUACCCAGAUGCUCUCUUCCACAGCUCCUUCCGUUGACACAGCUGUUAUCAGUCAGAUACCCAUGACACAGUUUGAAGGCAGCAGUCAGGCACCCGAUGAGUUGGAGGGUCUGUGUUCCGGCACCUUUGCCACCCAACUGCCAUCUCAAGCACCCACUGAACAGACUGAGGAUCAGGAGGAAUCCCAUGAGCAGCCAGUAGUGGCCAACAGAAUAGUUUCUAGCGACGAGGAGGAUAAGGUUGAUACCGUAGAAGCUGAUAAGCCACGAAAUAAGAAACUCACAAAGAAAAGGCCUAAGAAAAAGGCCAAACUGGGUUUCUCGGAUGACGAAGAAAGUGAUGAUGAUGUCGAGGAGUUCGAAGAGGAAAGCGACGAAGAGCCAGCGGAAGACAUUCCGGAAACCUUUGUGGACUACGAUUCCGAGGAGAAUGAAAUAGUUGUAGAGAUGACAAAGAAAGACCGCAAAAUUAGAGCGGCUAACUUUGUGGACAAAGAAGCUGAGCUAUCAGAGUCUGAUUGGGGAUCUGCUGAUGAGGACGAGAAAAAUAUGGAUAACUAUGAUAUAGAGUUGGGAGAUGAGGAUCAGUUUGAUCGCGAUAAGCUGCGCCACGAGCUGGGACAAAUUCAUGCUCGAAAAAUGUUGGAUCAAGACAUUCGGGAAGUGCGCAAGAUCAAGGAAAUGCUGUUCGAAGAGGAAGAGGAGGGAGCCAGUCGCCAGCGACAGUUCCGUUGGAAGAACGUAGAGAAUGCCUUUAGCCUAGACGAUCAUCGUCCAGAAAAUGAUGACGGAAACGAAGGUAGUGGCGAUGAGGAGAACGAGCAUCUGUGGCGAAAAAUUCGUUAUGAACGUGAGCAGCUCCUAUUGGAAAAAGGACUUAAAGCGGAGGCAGCUUCUCCGCUUUCUACAACCAUAGCAAACACGAGUAACACUGGAAAUUCCAUUCGCCGGCUGAACAUCAUCUCCUCCAAAAAGACAACUGUGGAGGUAAAGAAGAGUUCUCCUUUUCUGAUCUCAAAAACAAUAGCUGGCAAGCAGCAGAAGAGUGCGGUUCGCGGUUCUUUCCUGGUUCGGGACCAGCAGACUCUUACUAAGCUAGCAGGCCUCACCAAGGGAACCUCCGGUGAUGUGGACGGAACGGAGGGCUCUAUUUCCGUAAAGACAGCCAAGGCCAAGAACUUUGUAUUUGCCACGCUAACGGAAGAGGAACAUGAGAAUCGCAAACGAAAGGCAGCCGAUUUACUCAACAGCAGCACGGAAACGGGGGUAAAUUUCAUGAAGAAACCAAAAUUGGAACCCCGUAGGGAUAAGUGCCUUAUAGAUCAGCUUCUUUAGUUUUUCCUUUUACUUUUAGACCCUUUAAUUGUACAUUUUAAUAUAGAGUUUGAUAAGAUAGUUAGAAGAUAAAAUGAAUAAUAAAUUUAGUUAUUUUAAGAUAGGAAAAGUUUAAACGGAAAAAUUCAUAAAUUUUUAUUUCUUUAUAAGAAAACCCUUAAGAAAUAUAAUAAAGUUUUUCUAAAACUUGGUAUACAAGGGUAUGGCUAAGCAAUAAUUAUAAAAUUAAAUAAAAAACGGAAUUCAAAUUUA